AUGAAGCUUACCUCACUCUCAUUACUUGCGUUAACCGCCUUUGGCGAAACCCUAGCGGCUCCUGUUGUUAGCACCAACUCUUCGGCUGAACUCGAAACCGUUUUGGUCGAGCAAUUCAGCAUUUGGCCUGAACCAACCUUCCCAGAGAUUUACCACACUUGCAAUGUUACUAAUACAAGAAUGCUAAACUCUGCUUUCAAAGAUUCUGUUGAGGCUUCUGCCGUUGCUAAGAGGAGGCUUCUUGACUUCGGUGUCGAUGAUGUCUACUACAAAAGAUGGUUUGGAAAUGGAAGUAUCUUCACGGUCAUGGGUGUUUUAGAUCAUUUGAUUGAAUCUUCUAAAGAAGGCGUUUUGUUUAGAUGUGAUGAUGUCGACGGCUUAUGUGCUGAGAAUCCGGACUACUUCGCAGGUCAUCACCGUGAGUCUGCUCCAUCGGAAACUGUGAUCUGUGAUUACUUUUACCAGUCGAAGAAGCCUUUGUCGACGGUUUGUUUUGAUGGUACCAUCGUAGAGGUCGGACCAAAGCACUACGCGGGUAUCGAUUUGUUGCAUCGUUACUUGCAUGUUCCAAGUAUGAGCUUGGAUUACGUUGGUGAGUUCGCUGAAGGUUUGAAUGAGACUUUGGAGUAUGUCGAAAAUAACGCCACCUACGCUGUAAGAAACACUGACAACUAUCUAUACUACAUCGCUGAUGUUUACACAUCUUCCGUGAUCCCCGGUGGAUGUCUAGGCGACAUAUAG